UUCACUCGCCACCUCUCCCCACCACAUCCCAGCCAUGGCCCUGGCUCUGCAGCUGCUGCCUCUGCUGCUCUCCAGGGCCCAGGGGGACCCGGGGGCUUCUCUGGAAGGCCGCCCUGGGGACCGGGUGAAUCUCUCCUGCGUAGGGGUCUCGCACCCCAUCCGCUGGGCCUGGGCGCCUAGCUUCCCGGCCUGCAAGGGCCUGUCCAAAGGACGCCGCCCGAUACUGUGGGCCUCGCCGAGCGGGACCCCCACCGUGCCACCCCUCCAGCCCUUCGCAGGCCGCCUACGCUCCCUGGACCCUGGUAUCAAGCGGCUGGAGCUGCUCUUGAGUGCGGGGGACUCGGGCACCUUUUUCUGCAGGGGCCGCCACGAGGACGAGAGCCGUACAGUGCUUCACGUGCUGGGGGACAAGGCCGAUUGCAGGACCCCGGGGUCUACCCACGGGUCGGUGUAUCCCCAGCUCCUGAUCCCGCUGCUAGGCGUUGUGCUGGUGCUAGGACUCGGAGCGUUGGGCGUGGUCUGGUGGCUGCGCAGGCGCUCGCCCCCGCCCCCGCUUCGACCACUCCCCAGAUUUGCUCUGUCCCCCCCACAUAGCUCCACUUGUGAAAGCCGAGCCCCAGAGGUCAGUAGAGGAGGAGCACAAGAUUCCGGGGAACGUGGACCAGGAGCCGAACCUGCUCUAUGCGGAUCUAGACCAUAUGGCCCUCAGAAGGCCCUGCCGGCUGUCCACAGUGGUCCCUGCUGAUGCCUCCACCAUCUAUGCAGUCGUAGUUUGAAGGGAAGCCCUUACUCCAAGCCUCCCAAGUAGGGGGCUCCCAGCUCUCUAAUAAUUCCUCUCCCCUUCUUGACCCCUCACCUGUAAGUGGAAGGCACCAUGGGAUAGAAAUGAGCACUAGGUUGGGAGUCAGAAGACCUGGGUUCCAAGCAAUUUCUGCCACUGAUCUUGCUCCUUCACUUACUCCCAUCUCUCUUAUAACUUCCAUGUCUCCUUCAUCGCUAGUGUCCUCUCUAAACCUGAUUAAGCCCUGUCUCCCCAUCUUAAGACAUCAAUAACUCCCAGAUAGCUCCCAGAUAUUCCUCUCUUCCCUUCCCUCCCACAGUCAAGCUUUUCAAACCAAGGGUAUACACCUGCCUGUUUCAUUUUCUUCUCCUUCACUCUAUCCUCACUGUUCAUCUGCUGAAAUUGUUCAUCUGCUCUCCGUAAGCUUGUCAGUGAUGUCCUAAUGGCCACACCCUGGAGACAUUUUUUAGCAUUCAUCUGGCUUGGCCUUUGAGUACUCCCUUCUUUAAGCUAUGUUUUUCUUUGCUGCUGGUGUUUUCUUCCUUCUGUAUUCCUCUUCCUUGUUCCCUGUCCCCACAAUAUUCCCCACCAUUCUGUUUGUCCCUUUCUUUCUCCCCUUACCCCCUAUCCUGGGAAGCUCUCAUCCACAGCCAGUCCUCAGCUUCCACCUCUGCAGAUGACACCCAGAACCCUCUCCAGCUCAGAUCUCAGAUCUGGGAUUUCCAAACUGUCCCUCAGAAAUCCCACCUGUCUGGCCCCAGGCAUAUUGUUGUGCCCUGCAUGUGAAACCCAACUCAUUAUCAUCUCUCAAACCAUUUACUUAAUCCUCCUCUGCAUGCUCUCUCGAUCAACCCUGUUGCCCAAGCCAGAAACUGGGAGUCAUGCAAACCUCCUUCCUCUCUCACUCCCACACAAUGAGCCAUCACAUUCUUUCUAUCUUAACGUCACUGUCACUGUCGCUGUCAAAUCCACACCCUUCUCCAAGCCCAGCGCUACCAGCUGAAUGAACUCUCCUCAUUUCCUUCCUAGAUUACGCAUAGCUCCACCUCAUCCUCCUACAUUUGCCCGCUUUCCUGAAGCCAGAGAGAUCCUUCCCAGUCUAACUUGCUCCUUACAGCUCUUAUUUCAGAACUGCAGUAUUUCUCUCCUUAGCCUUUAGCUCUGGGCCCAAGGGCCUUAGCUUUGGGUACUAGGAGCUACAGCACUUUGUCCACUGACCAGGCCUGUUUCUGUCACUCCACAUGGACACAAUAUGCCUUGGAGAAUUCUCACUAGCACCAAUGCCUUUGCCCAGUGCAAUUCCUUCUUCCUCAAUUACCCUUUUCCUUCCUCCCUACUACCUGCCUGGCUAAUUCUUAUUUAUCAUCUGGACUCAGUUCAAGUAUAGUCAUUUCUGGGAAGUUGUUCCUAACCCUCCUUGUCCACCCUUGCAUACACUUUGAUGCCCUAGGGAGCCCCUUAUUUCUCUCAUAGAAACAAGCCUUCUGUGAAUUGUUCCAUUAUAACCUGUAUUUCAAUUUGUAAUAAAAUUUCAUGUACUGUGAGUUCCCUGCCAUGAGGAGAUUGAUCCUUUUAAAAUCACUGCUAAGCCUCAGUAAAUGAGUGAAUGAAAAUGAA